GAGAGAGAGCAAAAGAAAAAUGAGGAAUAGAGAGUGUCAUCCUUUACUGAGAGGUGAAAGAAGAGAAGGAAGGAAAUAUAGAAAUGGAUUCUCUUCAGCUGAGAUGGAAUCAUUGUCAAGCAUAUGUGAGACUCUGUUACCUCCUCUGCCUAUUGAAUCUUUGAAUAAUAAUAAUAAUAAUAAUAAUUCAAGUGAUGCUGUGAAGUUCUUCUGGGAAUCUUCUGGUUCUCAAUUCCCUGUUCCUGAUAAGAUUGUAGAGAUACUGUUACAGAGAGCUCUACCAGAAGCAUUGAUACUACUAAGAUUGAUUCUAUGGAUGCUAGCUACAAGGUUCGGCACUUUGCUGCUAGGUGGUUCUCUAUGCCUCAAUGGAAAAUGGCCUUUCAUCAAUAAAUUCUCAGAUAUGUCUUUGGACAACAGAGAAAAAGUUCUACAAAAAUGGUUCAAGCACAGGUUUCUGACUCCAGUUAGGAUAGUAUUUCUCUAUAUCAAAGUCCUCUGUUUCAUUAUUUUCUUCUCUCAGUGUGAUGAAAAUGGUGAAAACAAAGUAUGGGAAGCAAUUGGAUAUAAGGUAGACAAUGAAGUGAACACAAACAACUACACUGAGAAUGACAAGAAUAGGGCUCUUGAAAAGGGAAUAGUAGAAGCAAUGUAUGAGACCAACUUGACUCUGCCACAAAAACUUGAUCAGAAAGGCCUCAAAGUCUCCAUGGAUUCCAAAAACAACAUCCUCAAAAUCAAAUGUGAUGUGGUAAUUGUUGGGUCUGGUUGUGGUGGAGGUGUUGCAGCAUCUGUUCUUGCAACUUCAGGCCACAAGGUUCUUGUUCUUGAGAAGGGUAACUACUUCACAUCAAGAGAUUAUUCCUCACUUGAAGGUCCUUCCAUGAAUGAACUCUAUGAAUUAGGAGGAACUUACACAUCAUGGGAUGGAAAAUUGGCAAUUCUUGUAGGCUCAACAGUUGGUGGUGGUUCUUCAAUUAAUUGGGCUGCAUCUAUCGGAACACCAGAUUCUGUGCUUAAGGAAUGGUCAGAAGAAUACAAGCUAUCAUUCUUCUCGAGCUACGAGUAUCUUUCGGCUAUGGAUACAGUGUGUAAGAGGAUUGGUGUAACAGAUAAGUGUGUAGAGGAAGGGCUCCAGAACCAAGUUCUUCGAAAAGGAUGCGAACAUCUUGGCCUUCAAGUCGAUUAUGUGCCGAGAAAUUCAUCAGAGAAACAUUAUUGCGGCUCGUGUAACUACGGUUGUAGAAGAGGGGACAAAAAAGGGACUGAAGUUACAUGGCUUGUUGAUGCUGUGGAUCAUGGUGCAGUUAUACUAUCAGGAUGCAAAGCUGAGAAGUUUUUAUUGGAAGAAAAUAACAAAGAAGGUGGCUUGAGGAGCAAGAAAUGCUUAGGAGUGAUGGCAAAUGUGGUAACAAAUAAUGUCACAUGGAAGCUACAAAUUGAGGCCAAAACUACAAUCUCAGCAGGUGGUGCUCUUUUCACACCCCCUUUAAUGAUCUCAAGUGGAUUAAAGAACAAGAACAUUGGUCGAAACCUUCGCCUUCAUCCGGUGCUAAUGGUGUGGGGAUAUUUUCCUGAAUGGGUUCGUGAUCUCAAAGGUAAGAUCUAUGAAGGAGGGAUAAUUACAUCAGUUCACAAGGUUCAAUCAAAGGACUCAUCAAAAGUGAAAGCCAUAGUUGAAACUCCUGCAAUGGGGCCAGGAGUUUUCUCUUCAUUGUUUCCUUGGGAAUCUGGAAUUGACUUCAAAGAAAGAAUGCUCAAGUAUUCAAGAACUGCUCAUUUCAUCACAAUUAUUAAGGACAAUGGUUCUGGAGAAAUUAGGACUGAAGGCAGGGUAAGGUAUGAGUUUGAUGAUUCAGACAAAGAGAAUAUGAAGGAAGGACUUAAGCAAGCGCUGCGGAUUCUGAUUGCGGCCGGUGCAGUGGAGGUAGGCACACACAGAAGUGAUGGCCAUAGGAUCAAAUGUGAAGGGAAGAGUGAAAAGGAAUUGAGGGAGUUUGUGGAAUCAGUGUAUUCAACAGGUGGUCCAAUGUCUCAUGAAGAGAAAUGGAGUGUUUAUUGUUCUGCUCAUCAAAUGGGAAGCUGUAGGAUGGGCAUGACUGAAUCCGAAGGCGCCGUUGAUGAAAACGGACAGAGUUGGGAAGCAGAAGGUUUAUUUGUGUGUGAUGCAAGUCUCUUGCCAACUGCAAUUGGUGUCAAUCCAAUGAUUACUAUCCAAUCUACUGCGUAUUGCGUAGCGAACAGAAUAGCAGAGAUGCUGAGAAUGGAAUAGAACGCAAAAGCAGGUUUCUUCUUCUUUAAUUUCCUUCAAUCAAGCAUGUCCUUGCCAGUGCAGUUGAAUAAAUAAUUGCAUGAGACAUGCAUUCAAUUGUUUUAGUAAUUUAUGAUAUAUAUAUCUAUGUGAUUAGCAAUAUUCUUGUGUUUACAUGGUUAAACUACU